UGGAGCGAACCCGUGUCACAAAGAAGGAGGGGAGGGAGUUGAGCUUUGCCAGCAGUGAGAAAGUCAGGCUGUCUCGCAGUGCCAGAUUUCCACUUGGUUUUCUGGAGGUUUGGGUGACAAGUUUUGGUCCGUGGCAUAAGGCCAUGAAUAUAUAUUGUGUAACACUCAACGGACCUGCUCCCUGGGGUUUUCGGCUUCAGGGUGGCAAGGACUUCAACAUGCCCCUGACCGUGUCCAGGCUGACCCCAGACGGCAAGGCGGCCCAGGCCGGGGUGGGUGUUGGAGAUUGGGUGGUAUCCAUCUCUGAGGCCAACGCAGAGGAGAUGACCCAUGUGGAGGCACAGAACAAGAUCAGAGCCGCAACCGACUCUCUCACACUCACUCUGAGCAGAGCUUUUCAUCCUGCCGGAGGAGAGCAGAAGGAUACACUCGCACCUACAUCCAGUCAGCCCAAAUACUCGUUUGCACCGAGCACAGCCAUAAACAAGAUGGCGCGGCCAUUCUCCGCAGCUUUUGGCAAUGGCAGCAAGGGGCCUGUCAUCAAGCCAGUGUCGUACGCCCCCAAGCCUAACUUCAACUCGCAGGUGCCCAGCAGCACGCCGCAUCCUCACAAUGGUCACGGAGUAACUCCCUGUCCUGCCAAGUCCAAGCCAGCAGACAAACCUGAUGAAGUUCAAGCACCAGCUAAAGCGCCAGUGAGUUCCGGCCCAUCCUGCAGGCCUCCAUGGGUGACGGACCCCGGUUUUGCAGACCGCUACCACCCAGACAAGACCAGCACGGUGGUGACCCAGCACAAGCAGCCGGUCCAACCCACUCCCAUGCAGAACCGCAGCUCCAUCCUUCAGGCAGCACAGCAGAGCCCUGCCGACUCGAGCGGCUGUACGCCGCUCUGCGCCGCCUGCAACAAGAUCAUCAGGGGACGCUACGUUGUGGCGCUCGGUCGCUCCUGGCACCCCGAGGAGUUCAUGUGCUGCCAGUGUAAAAAGGUGUUGGAUGAGGGGGGCUUCUUUGAGGAAAAAGGAUCCAUUUACUGCACCAAGUGUUAUGACAACCGUUACUCACCCAACUGUGCCAAAUGCAAGAAGAAAAUAACUGGGGAAAUCAUGCACGCCCUGAAGAUGACCUACCACGUACAGUGCUUCCUGUGCGCCGCCUGCAAAAUGCCCAUCAGGAACCAGGCCUUCUACAUGGAGGAGGGAGAGCCCUACUGCGAGAGAGACUAUGAAAAGAUGUUUGGUACCAAAUGCCAUGGCUGUGACUUCAAGAUUGAUGCAGGGGACCGUUUCCUUGAGGCGCUGGGCUACAGCUGGCAUGACACUUGCUUUGUCUGUGCCAUCUGUCAAAUCAAUCUAGAGGGGAAGACGUUCUAUUCAAAGAAGGACAAGCCACUGUGUAAAAGCCACGCUUUCUCUCCGCUGUGAGGCUUCAAGGAGGGGCCGGAGCGGAGACUGGGGGGUCUAUGCCAAACAAGAACAACUACUUUACUUGAAGCCUGAAACAUAUGGCUGACUGACAGUGAUGGAUACAGUAGCUCCGCAGGCUUUCACCGGCUGUUAUAGCCCGCUUCGAUCAGCGUUCACUAAGAAUGUGUCAUUCAGCAAAGCACGGAUCUGAAUGUUCAGUAGCUUGCUACGGUAAGCUGACGGUCUGGCCUCAGUUUUGCUGUUACGAUGCCAGUCAUUCAACUGGAAAAACGGCUUAUGAACGAACUGUUGGAACCAGGAUAACAAGGCAUUUGCAUGUCCCUCCUCAUCCACCUCCACCUCCAAAAUUACACCUGCAGUAUUCACAAUGCUUUGUAAAUCCAAAGAUAUUACACGUUCUUCCUUAUACGGCUCACUUUACUUUCACUUUUUAGAUGGAUUUGGUUCGUUUCAGCAUUUCAAUGUUUGUAAGAUCAUGGGUUUUUUUAUAAUGCAUAAUGAAAAUUAAGCCAUUUGUAAGAAUAUUAACUUUUUUAUGACUUCAUUUCCAUGACACUUGAGCACAUUUUCUCUACUUGUGUCUUUCUAAUUACUGUAAAGCAAUACAAUAAAAAGAAAAGUAUUUAUACAUCUUUAUAGUAUUUGUACUGCCUUUUGUGCUUAUUUUAAUACAGACAAAAAGAAAAUCACCAUUAAACAUAAAGGGAAUGUGAUUAUCAUGAAAAUAUUGGGGGGAAAAAAAACUAACGUGAUUUUGGUGUAAAACGUGACCUUUUUUAUUAGCAUUUUAUGUAUAUUUGUCAUCCAAAGUGUCCUCUCUGUUGUCACAAAUAAGGCCAAAGCAUCCCCCAUGCAAUGAUUGAAGCAAUCUAGUCGUACUCCAUACAAUCCAUUUUGUAGGCUUAAGCAUUGAGCAUGUGAUCUACUCAGACAGGAUCUUAAAGUGGCCCCUCAAUCCUCUAGAUGCUGUGCAGCCUACUUUUUUUGCUCUGCCUGAUUUGCUGUGCCAGGGUACUUAAGGUAAUGGCAAACCACAUAGGAAUAAAACGCCCCUGGCAGCUACGCUGAAAUACAUUAGCACUGAUUGCAUGAGUUCCAUCCUGACCCAACCAAUUGUCUGUACAUGUCUUCAAUACUAAAUAUGCUACAUUCAUCUGUUCUAAUCAGACAGGUAGUUUGAAUUAAGGAAAGGCUUGUGAAGCCUUAAAAAACGGUUUGCAUUGGCCUCUUUAGAGAUGCUACACCCAGAACAUCAUUCCCUUAUCGUGAUCUCCAAUUGGCAGAAAUGCAAUAUCCCUCCAAUAUCCUGCUCUUAGAAAGUUAUAUAAAUUUGAGGCAACGGUUUAAUUUUUGUACUUUUAUUGUAUUGAUAAUGUGUUAUGCAUCAAGUAUCACGUGCAUUUUAUAGCUUUUUAACUAUUGUGUCAAACUGCUGUAUUCUGUGCAGAGGUUUAUUUGUGAGAGGUGCAAAUCAUGUAUAAAGAAAUGAUGCUCGAGACACUAAUAAAUCACCUGCAGUCA